AUGGAACCACAACAUCCUCCUCCUCAGAGGAACAUUCCCCACCCUCACCUGCAGUCUCUCGUCCAGCCCACGCCCAACGUGCUGCCUUUGAGGUCUUCCGCUAGCACUCCCAUGACCUCGCCCGGUCUCUUCAGCCCCUCGAACCCACGUCCGAAAAUGAACUUCCCGGUUCAUCCCUCGUCCGACUCCAACACCCCCAGCGUCGAGGCGAACAGCCCUUACCUGCACCCACUGCAAAACCACAAAGUCAGAGAGACACACAAAGCCUUGAUCGAUUCCGACAGCAUCACCGGUCGCAAACUCAUCAAUCAGUAUGAGGUCAUUGAAGAAAUCGGCAGGGGCAUGCACGGAAAGGUCAAACUAGCCCGAAACCUCGAGACUGGCGAAAACGUCGCCAUCAAGAUCAUUCCGCGCUACUCCAAGAAGCGUCGACUCGGCAAGGUCAUGGCCAUGUCUCCCCAGGAAAAGACGAUGCGGGAAAUUGCCAUCCUCAAAAAGAUGAGACACCCCAACGUCGUCUCGCUGCUCGAGAUCAUCGACGACCCGGAACUCAAAAAGAUAUAUUUGAUCCUCGAACAUGUCGAGCUGGGCGAGGUUGUCUGGAGAAAGAAGGGUCUCCCUCACAUCUGCUACCACGAGCGUCGCCGUAUCGAGAGAGAAGCCCGCGGCGAACCGCCCACGCCCGAGGAAGAGCAGUAUAACCUGAUCAUGGAUAGGCGCUUGGCUCUGAGAGAGCUGAAGCGUGCCAGGAUGUCCCAGGCCAACAUGGGGUUCUGGAGCAACGAAUUCGGCGCCUACGAUGAUGCAAGUAACGCGUCACAGUCCCGCGUCCCAUCUAGAGACGACUUGAGCAAUCUGGACCACUUUCCAGGCGAAACUUCCCAGCCGAGUUCCCUGCAGGCUUCGCGAGCCACGUCGAGAGCACCGUCACGGUCACAGUCGGUCAAGUCCAUCGGAGAUGCCGCCGUUUAUGAUCAGGAAGCCAUCAUCGAGACCGACGACAUGGAAACGCCGGGUGCCUUACGGAGCAACCCGGGCUCGGCCACUGCUCUGGAAGGGACUAUGUACGGCGCCUACAUGGAAGACGCCGCCAUGCGCGGUCGGUCACCCAGUAUGGCUGAUUCCAUCAUCUCGCACAUGUCCUCGGUUGACUGGAAUUCUCGGAUGCAUGACCCCUUUGCUGAAGACUUUUCAUACGUUCCUUGCUUUACCAUCGAGCAGGCGAGAACCACCUUCCGAGACACUGUCUUGGGCUUGGAAUACCUGCACUACCAGGGUGUCGUGCACAGAGACAUCAAGCCCGCCAACUUGCUUUGGACGAAAGACCACCGCGUCAAGAUUUCCGACUUUGGUGUUUCGUACUUUGGCCGCCCCAUCCGAGAUGGUGAACCCGACGACGAGACCGUUUCGGAAUCGGAAGCACAGGAUUUCGACGAUGACCUCGAGCUGGCCAAGACUGUCGGCACGCCGGCUUUCUUCGCACCUGAACUGUGCUACACCGACGCCGAUCGCAUGGAACAGCCAAAAAUAUCCGAAAUGAUUGACAUUUGGUCGUUGGGCGUCACGCUCUACUGCCUCAUAUACGCUAGGAUCCCUUUCCAGGCCGAAGACGAAUGGCAAAUGUUCCGUAAGAUCGCCACCGAGGAAGUCUUCAUCCCGCGGAAACGUCUUAAGCCCGUGGACCCGUCCACACCCCCCAACUCGGAGUCUCUCUUCAAGCGUCAUAAUGUGCCGCCCUACAGAGACGACAACGAGCUGGCUUACGAGGACAUCGAUAACCUCCUCUACGACCUCCUGCGCCAGAUGUUCACCAAGAACCCGGAGAAGCGAAUCCGUCUGCGGGAUAUCAAGAGGCACCCGUGGGUCGUUCAGGGCAUCCCGAACCCCAUCACCUGGAUCGACGACACCGACCCGGCGCGGCCGUCCCAGGGUAGGCGUGUGCAGGUCAACGACAAGGAGACCGCCCACGCCGUCGUUCCCAUCGCCUUUCUGGAGCGAGCGCGAUCCACAGUAAAGAAGGCCGUCGGAAAGCUGAUGCACCCUUUAGGCGAUCGGAACGAUAGCCGGUCUCGGCGCCGCGCUGCCAGCAGCGCCGCCAGCUCGGCUGGAGACAGCAUGUCCAACGUGCCUCCCACACCACACUCGCGAGAAGCCCGUCGGAAAAGCUUGAAGAGCGACGAAUCCUACUUUAUCAAUGCUAAGGACUUCGCCUUCAGUUCUGAGCAUCCAUUGGUCCACAGCCAGACCGCGUCCCCGUACGAGUCUCCGUACGAUCCUCUCGCGACCGCUGUACCCCCACCUACAGGGACCACCUUACUGCAGGCCCUGCGGUACAGCAAUGGUUCCAGAACGAACAGCGGCACAGCUUCGCCGUCGGACCAGUCCACGAUACCUGGGAAUCCAACACUCUGGAAGCCGUACAGAUACUCUCAGAGCCCCUCAAAUGGCAACAGCUUUCUGACUCUGACGGCGAGCUUGCCCAUGGUGAAGACUGUGCCUCCAACCCCUCUUGCGGACAAGACACUUGCCGACCCAGUCAGGGACAUGAGGCAGACGCGUGGAUACGACGCCUUGACAGAGGAGGCUUUGCGGGCGCGCUCGGCCGAGCGUGGCGUCUUUAGAGAGCAGGACAAGCGCGCUCUCGCACAAGUAAGCGUGACGACCGCGAGUGUCCCUGGCACCCUGCACCGGAUGCCUAGCCUCCCCGGCAGGCCCCGUGCCAUGCGAUCCGUCGACCUGGGCAAAGUGAAGCAGGUCAGCAACGGCUUGGCCUCGCCCCUCUUCUUCUCUGCUCGCUCCGUCACCGGUUAUCAGCACGGCCAGCCCCAGUCGGACUCCAACAUUUACGAAAAUCAGAGAGGUGCUACCGAUCUGGACGAGAGACCCCAGACGGCCCACAGGAUCGAAAGCGUCCGGGACGUGCCGGAGGCCAGAACGCCGCCCCCCCGAAAGUACAAUACAUCCACGCCCGAAUCGUUUGCGCGCGCGAGAGACGAGCUGCACCGCAAGCACAUUGAAGAGCACCAGCUCCAAGCUGCCCAGCAAGCCCUGGACGAUUCCAGAUCGGACAUUGCAGUCAUCGACCCAACAGACGUCCCAUGCCCCAUCUCGCCCGACGAUGAGUUAUUCGGCACGACGCCGCCUCCUUCCCGUCAAGACACGAUGGAAACAAGACAAUCUUCGCGUUCAGCAUCCAGUGGCGGCGGGCUGGCUUCUCCCCUGACAAGUCCAAGCGAUGUGAACAGUCCAAUCUCGUCUACCACCCAUCCUUUCAAAGAUGAGAUGCUCGCCUUCCAGUCAGACCCUUCCCUGCCUGCCCUCCUGAGCGGUUCCAGCUCGGUUUCGGCAGAUCUCGACGCCGAGCCCGUGGAGCCUGGUGUUGCCAACAACAAGCCGACUCUGUUGGAGACCACCGACUCGCUUACGCCCCCAGCCCUUGUCAAGGAGCCGAUGGCCGGGUUUCCUUUGGAGCAGUAUGAGCAGCAGGACCGGUUUGAGAAACUCAAUGCUUCAUUCGAUUCUAGUUCGAUACCCCUGCGGAUCACGGCCAGUCCUGUAUACAAGACGCCUCCUUCAAUUCAUCGCACUCCAGAACUCCGCGCACAGGAGGAUGGUGACAACGAUGAUAGCGACAGUGACGAGGGGUUAUUGAUGGCAAAGUCGAAGAAGAAGAAGUCAACAAACGCCCAUGUUGAACGAAUUUCCUUUGGCGCGAGGCGGCGCGACACAAAUGUCAGCAUUGCCAGCACCGAGACAGCCAAGAAGGUUGUCAUUCACGGCGAAGAGGUCAUUACUUAUGCCGACUAA